UAGUGGUUUAUUAUCUCCAAUUUCCGUAUCGUUAUCUCCAACUUCGCCCUUUCGCCGGCGCGAUCGGAAUCGCUUUCGGAAUCGAAGCAAACCGAAGCGGAGCUGAGGAAGCGAUGUAUAAUCCUUCGAGAGGAGGUGUUCGAGGCGGUCGAGAUCAAUUCAAAUGGGAUGAUGUGAAGGUUGAUAAACAUCGAGAGAAUUAUCUUGGUCAUAGCAUUAAUGCUCCUGUUGGCCGAUGGCAAAAAGGGAAAGAUCUGUUCUGGUAUACUCGAGACAAGCAAUCUCCCAGCUCAGAGAUGGAUUCCAUUAGAGAGGAAAUCAAAAGGAUCAAAGAAGAUGAAGAACAGGCUAUGCGAGAAGUGCUUGGCUUGGCUCCUAAGCGCGCCAGUCGGCCUCAAGGCAAUCGGCUGGAUAAACAUGAAUACACAGAGCUUGUAAAGAGAGGGUCUACCGCUGACGACCUGGGUGCUCAGCAUGCCGAAGCAAUUAUGGUUCAAGGGCUUGGCUUGUACAAGGCACCUCGCAAUCAACCGGAGUCUAGCACUCUUCAACGAACCUUUAACGAAAGCGACGAAGAUCAGUCGAUGGACACAUGCAGAAAAAGGAGGCGGCGGGAAGAAAGGGAUGAGAGGAGACACCGCAGUAGUAAUGAUGAACCAAGACACGAAGAGGGAAAGGACAGAGAAGGUAAUCAUCGAAAGCAUCACGAGAAGAAACGGUCUAAUGAUUCGGAUGACAAGCGAAUACACCAGAGCAGGCAUAAAGGCAAGAGCAGGCAUGAUUCUGAUUGAUUCAUGGCUUGUCAUGGCCAGUGACGAUAAAUUCUGUAUCUAUGUUUUCACCUAGAAUUAACUGCACUUUGUUUGAAACAAGCUAACGGUUAAUCUCAAAAGCCAACACAUCCGUUGGUCGUUGGCAGUA